UCAUUAAAUCUGGCAGAUUGUAUAGCAUCCUCUAAAUGUAACACAUAGAGCUGUGUGUGCAGAGAAUAGCCAUGUCUCCAGGGGAGCAAGCUGUGGAUUGUGUGUCUUAUCUCUAACGCUCACAACCCCACACACUGUGCAUGUUCGGCGAGAUAAUGCAUCAGAAGGAGAAAAGGGGAGAGGUGUGGGAGCUCUGCUCAGAGGGGAACAGAACUGGCUAAUAGAGGAAAACUGAAUGGAAUUUUAUACUAACAAAACUGUUUAGUGACAAAACAACACUGAAGCCUCAGCAUUCAACUCAUUGUGGAAGGAUGCAUUUGCUAAAUAAAUGUCAGCAAUAACACAGAGUCGCAGAGCGAGAGAAAGCACUAACAUCACAUAGCAACUCCAAGCGUGCAGGGAUGCCAUCUGGACCCACAGCACCAAGCUUGAAAGCCAGAGAAAGGAAGAGUGUUUGAAUACAAAGUAAGAUAAACUCCAUUCUGAGAGUUCAACUACCAUUUCAUCACCAAGAAAAGAUUCUGCAGACAUUUCAGCUUCUGCAACAUGGAAUAAAAAUUUGUAUAUUUUUUUGGCUUAUUUUUUAAUAUACAUUUUAAUAAUUACAUAUACUGGACUUGAUGUUCAUUGAUAUAACUCUAUAAAACAAACUCUACUGAAACUGUGACUCGAUAUAACUAACUUCAGUUAAUUCCAGUACAACAUACCAUGGAUUGCAGCAUAUAUAAAUGGUAGUCCAUUGGCCUAAAGGAAUACCUUUUGGGGGCACAAUAAAAUAAAAGGAUCUGACCACCAAAAGCAAAACUUAUUGUGGGUGGGAGUUCACCUCAAAGAUAGGCAACUCAAUGGCAAUUUUCAGAAUCCUUGCAUAGUGACUAUUAUUCACUCUUCCAGAGCAAUGGAGUGUAUGCAGGAACUACAGCAUCCGCUGCUUGAAAGAUCGUUAGGAGGGGGGAUGCUGACGCCUCUCCUCUCCAGAGAUAGUGGGGGAGGUGGGGGGCUUGUUUGGAAAUGUCUCCCUCAAAGAGCACAGUCUGGAAAAGAACUCACUCAGCAGUUUCUAGAUCCUGGAAGUUUGCGCAGAACUGUAGACCCAAGGUGUGGAAAGGUGGCAGAUGUGCCUUUUUGGAGGUCAGCAGAGCCGCAGGUUUGGAAAGGAACAGACUAUAUAGAAACAACUUUUGUGGACAACAAUGGAAGCCCGGAAAGCUGUAAGAAGUUGUUGUACUCUCCAGAGAAGGACAUCCACACUGUUUCUUGUGAAGUGGGAGAAGAAGACAUUAUGGAUAUAGAGAACGCAACAUCUAGUGAUAGUGAUACAGACAGCGAAAGCCACUUCUCCUUGCUUCUCCCUCAGGACUAUUUGGGACUGGCAGUGUUCUCUAUGCUAUGCUGUUUUUGGCCUCUUGGCAUUGCAGCUUUCUUCCUAUCACAAAAGACCAACAAAGCCUCAGCCCAGGGUGACUACCAUGGAGCAAGUGUAGCUUCCAGACAGACCUUUCUGCUGGCUGUGUUGUCCAUCUUCUUCGGCAUCUGCACAUAUGUUGGUGCUGUUGUCGCUCUCAUUGCAUACCUGUCCAACAGAGCACCAACAUAACUUGCCAGGCAUCCUUUUGAUGAACUUUGAAACAGAAAUGACAGAUCACCACUCAAAAGAACCUGAAUGCUGCUAAAGGAAAAUCAACAAGGAGAAGGCAUGCAAAUUCAUGAAUUGCUCCCCACCUGGAGGGCACCUUUAUAUCAGAGAAAACCACAUCCUAUAACAAAAACAAAUUCCUCUUUCUAACCAUCUCUCUCACCAUAUACAUAUUUAUACAACUAUAAUUCUUAUAUUUUCUCUUGAGAGGGGCUAGAUUACUGCAAAAAUGUGUUUAUCUUAUAAAAGCAGGAUAGGUUUAACAAGAUCAAUAUCAGUGAGGAUUUAUUUCAAUUUUUAAAAGGUUAUAGCCAUUUAUACUUGGCAAAUUUAAGUAUACUAUACUAAUUUCCAGUGUGGGGAUGCUUUUGGUGCUGGAAACAGCAUCAGAUUACAAAUUAUGAGGUGCAAGUCGUUUGUGUGUGUGUGUGUGUGUAGGUGCCAUAUGGAACAAGGGUACCAGCUCCUCAAGGCAGGGUCUCUGUGCCCACUGGAGGGUGCCUAACAAAUUGGUAGCCCCCAGUGUUUGUUACUUUCCUUGUCCUUUAACAGCUGCCUGGUUUCCCUUGUGUGUGUCAGAGGAAUUCUAUUCACUAAUAAUGAUUGCACUCUUGCUUAUAAUUAAGCCUCAAACCACUUUCCAAAAAUAAUUUGAUUAAAUAUUAUUUGCAGAUGCUGACUAGGAAAGCAACAAGCAUUUACACACACCUACUUUCAGAUAUUUUAUACCUGCUUUAAUAAAACAUGAACUCUACAAGAUACACAUGAACUCUGUGGUUGCUUCAUGCUUUGCACAAUGCGCCGCUUUUCGUACCAACGUGUAUACAUACAGAAUGGGCAGCAUUGCAGACAUGUCUAUCUAUGCUGUCAUGCUGGCAAAAUGCUUGAAAGAAUCCAAAAACUAACGGACUUUAAAUGUUUAUGUUUAUUUUAUAAAUGACUGUUCUGUGCUUCAAAACAUAUAACUGCAUUGUGAAUAUAUUUUUAGCAAUAAUUGUCUGUAUUUCCAUACAGAAUAUAUAUAUAAAUAAAAGGGAAAACGCUGAUUUUAGACGGAUACGAUCAUCUCAACACAUCCAUUAAAAAAAAAAUGAUUAUUUUGCAUUUCUAUGCACUACAAUUUAGUUCUGGACAGUAAUCUGUUAUACAUAUCUAGUUUUCAUAAAAGUACAUAUUUUAAAAGUGCUGAGCAGUUGUUUUCUUUUCCUUGCUAAGCUUUCUUAUUCAGUCACCUAUCCUUCACUGAGGUAACCAAUGGCCUGUAGAUGCGAUCUAAGACCACUGCGGUAUGAAUGUUAUUCAUAAAAACAACUACAAUUUUAGCUAUAUACAGAAAUGGGAUCCAUUCUCCAGAAACCUUUGAAUUACAGGAAGGCCAUUUCCCAUAUUCCCAAAAUAAAAAUUUUCUCUGUAAUAAUAAAACAGAACCUUGUACCUAAUCCCAACUAAGAUAUCAUUCAUACACAUUGGUAGCAAAACAAUCCUUUUUGGUUUAUUUCAUGUUUAAAUGCAUCUGUAGCACACAGGAAGGCUUAUUUAUCACAAUUUCAAAUUGUACAUUUUAAAGUUUUUUUUUUUCAAUUCGAAUAAACUUGAAAUGUUUCCAAACUCGAA